AUGGCUCUAAUACUAAUCAUGUCAAUGGUGGCGCAUGUAAUCCUCCAAACACCACACGCCCGACGCUCGAAAGGGCCUCGAUUGAACCCAUUCAUGCACUGGGUCAUGCCUACAUUGACUCCUGAGCAUGACGGCUGCUUAUCGAUCCUAUAUGACAUGAUUCGCUUCCUUACUUCGCCGACCGAGGCCAAUUACCACCGGCUUUGUUCAUUCUUAUCUAAAGUUCACACGAUCAACGGUCGAAAACAACAUACUCGGGUGGGGCGGAGUCUUAUCGGUGGCGUUGGAGAGUACGACACCUAUUUAAAGUCCCAGUUUCCGGAUCGGCCGUUAAGAGAAGGUGUAGUGAAACCGGUCGUGGGUGGAGAACAACCCUAUCUGUUACUUGAUGUACGUGAUCGUGACGAGUAUGAUCAGUGUCAUAUUAUCUCUGGAACAUUUCGUGAGGCACAAGAGAAGGGUGGUCAGCCACAACCCGAGACAUCCACCUCGACCAUACUAAGGAGGAUCCCAACGCCGACUGUCUACUGCUCGAUCGGAAGUCGUGAUAUGCCUAAUGGCAUUGAGGAUUUUCUGGCAGAAGAUAUUAUCAAGUUGAACUUGCAACUUGAAAAAGGUGUCGGUGAUAGUAAGUUUUUGUUUUUCGACAACAGUUAA